AUGGGCGUUCAGUUUAACAAAUAUCUCAGCGGAUCUCAAAUCUAUUGCUGCAAAAAUUGCCGCACUCACCUAGCUUUUGAUCAUGAUGUUGAAUCUAGAGAUUUUACUGGAGUAUUAGGGAAAGCUUACCUCAUUACAUAUCUUGUCAAUGUAACUUUUGGACCUCUCGAAACGAGGCCGAUGAUGACCGGUGAAUUUCAAGUUCGUGAUGUUGCUUGCCGCUUCUGUAGCAAGAACGUUGGCUGGAUAUACGUCGAAUCAUUCAAAAGCUCAGAAAAGUACAAAGUCGGUAAAUACAUUUUGGAAACCCGUGCCAUUGAUACCAUCAGAGGCUGA